CUGCCACCGACACUGCCCUUAUCACCUUGUAGCCUUUUAUUACGUGUCAAAACUACCUGCCAUGUAGGCUUUAAGCGCAUAGUAAAAUAUGCAUAUUUGGAAAAACUUAAGACGUCUUGUCAUUUGGACUGACUACCUACCUAUAAAUGAUGGCGGCAGUGCUUAGCAGGCAGGCAGAGGGUGAGCUAGGAAGUCUACUUGACAAAUGGAUGCUGCGCAUGCUGUGGACAUCGCUUCCCUGGCCCGGGAACUGAGGGAGGACCUAGCCACCGCGGACGCGCCGGCGGCGCGGUCCGCCAGCGGCUGGCCCGUCGUCAUCGCCGAGGUCUCCGCGCUCACCCGCAACGUCAGCCCGGAGGCGUACGACCCGUACCACGUCUCCAUUGGCCCGUACCACCACAUCAGGAACCCAGACCUCGCCAGGCACGAGGACAAGAUCAGGAGCCUCAGCGCCGUCCUGUCGGCGGCGAGCGGCGGCGUGACGCUAGAAGCCUACCUCGAUGUGGUCGCCCGCAUGGAGGCCCAAGCCAGGAGCUGCUACGCCCACAACUUCAACCUGGAGAGCAACGCCUUUGUGCGCAUGCUGCUGCUCGACGCGUGCUACGUGCUAGUCCAUUUCGGCGGCGUCGGCGUCGGCGUCGGCGUCGGAGGGCGCCGCGGGAGCGGCCGCGACAUGAUGGAGGCCGUCGGGGUGGUGCGCGACGUGAUCUACCUCGCGGAGAACCAGAUACCGUUCUUCGUCGUCGACGAGAUCCACAAGCUCACCACUCCGGACGGCGGCGGCGUUCCUGCGGCUGAAGCGAUCGCGGGCUACGUCCGGGAGCUCCUGCGAGGGCAGCAGUACUCGGUGGCGAUGCCGGCGGUGGCUGGGCCUCCGGGUCCAGGCAACCUUCUGCAUCUGCUGCACAUGCACCUGACGCCCACAGCGACAGCGGUACUCGUCUCGUCGUCACGCGCGACGACCGGCAGCAGAGUCGCCGCCAGCCAGCGUCGGUUCGGCCGGUGGCGCUCGGCGACGGAGUACUACUGCGCCGGCGUGGGGUUCAGGAGCCGGGCUCUCGUCGGCAAAGGAGCUCGCUCGAUCCUCGACGUGAGGCUGGACGGCCGCGGCGGCACGCUGGAGAUCCCGCGCCUGAGGAUCGACGCCGAGACGUCGCGGCUGCUGCGGAACCUGAUGGCGCUGGAGCAGAGCAACCCGGCGGAGGCCGGGAGCCACGUGACGGCGUACUGCGUCUUCCUGUCGCAGAUGGCCGGCACGGUGCGGGACGUGGAGCUGCUGUCGAGGCGCGGGAUCAUCGCGCACGGCCUCGGCAGCCACGACGAGGUCGCUGCGUGCCUGGCGGGCCUCUGCAAGGGCGUCGCGUUCGGGGGUGACGACCCCGGCGGCAACUACCUGCGCGCGACGUGGCAGGGGCUGGAGGAGAGCUUCCGAAGCCGGCCGCGCCGGUGGGCGGCGUGGCUCAUGCUCAAGUACUUCAGGAACCCGUGGCUCGCCGUCGGGCUCGCGGCGGCCGGCGUGGGGCUGGUUUGUACCGUGGUGCAGGCGGUGUACGCCGUCAUGGCUUACACACCAGAUGCUUAAGUCAAUGAGUCAAACACUGUGUGGCUGUGCCUGUGAAAAGUCAAUAUAGGUGUGCGUAGUAGGUCCAGCAUGUCCUUUGUUUUCUCCUUUAUUUUUUUAGCAGAAGAAAGGAAGGAUUUUGUUACUAAUCAUCAGUAUAUUAAGUAAUAACUAGUGGUUAA